ACAACAAACUCAAUUUAUAUUGUUGUUAGUAUUAUUCACGGAGAAGUAUCACUUUAUAUUUUAAUUGAUUUGUUCUGGUUUGUGUACUCCGGAUUUAAAAUAUAUUUGUGGAUAGACCUUUCUUCAAACUGUAUGCAAUCAUGCACAGACAUCGUGAAAAGUAUUCACAGAGUAAUUCACACCAACCACAUUAAGAAAUACGGAUUAGAGAAAAUGUUAACAGGUUUGUAUUUACAAGUACUGCACGAAAAAGUUGUUAUAACUGCUGGGAAAAGCAUUGUUAUGGAUAAAAGUCUACUGUUUGCAUUUGCAAGUACAGUUUCAACGUACAUAAUAAUAUUAGUACAGUUAAAAUACGACAAAAUUCACUAG